AUGGGGACGGCAGCGAUGGGAGAGAGCAAUUGGGUCCGGGGGGUUUCUUCCGGGAGUUCUUCCGCUGGUGUAGGGACCGCGAAGGCCGUACCUGUGCUGGAGCUGCGGUGCGGGCCCUCGACGGCGACUGCUGCUGUUUCAGAGGUGGACCCUGUAGCGGUCGGGGCCCUGGUGGGCCCGCAGGAUUCUGUGCAGUUCCCCUCGACAAGGGCGUUUAUCACGAUUCUGUUGUCGUCUUUUGGGAGUACAGGACAGGGCGGGAUACCAGGGGAGGCAGACGUCGCUCGGUUCCAUGAGUUGUUCAAGACUAUUCCGGGGAGGGAGCAACCGCUGGCCAAGUUUGCCUGUGUGCUGAACAGGGGGGAUGGUGACGAGCAGGCGAAAGCGGGUGCAGAACUCAGCCCGUACGUCGGAGAAUUGUACCUGACAGGAUCGCAUCUGUGCUUUGCUACGGGGGCUGCGUCUGCAGGGUGGCUCUUCACUAGGUUGCAGAUUUCACACUCUCAGAUCGUCAGGAUAUACGAGUGCGAGGGGACGGGAUCCAAUGGUAUUGCCAUCGAAACGAACCUGGGAAAAGUACGGUUCAACGGGUUUGCGACGCAGGGCAAAGUGCUCGCGUUGAUGAAAAUGUGCUGGAACGAGGGCCAUGGUGCAGACGGUGAGGCGCUUGCGAGGACACUCCAGGCACCGCUUCAACAACCUGCACCACCACCGCCACAGGCAGUUUCAGACCCUGCGUCCUCAGCGAAACGCGCUCCCUCGCUCCUCUCGUCAAUGAUCAAGAGAGUGUUGCAGGGGGACAGACAGCAGAGCGUACCGCAGAACAACGAAUCGCUUAUAUCUUCCGCAGUAAAAUCGAUAGACGGCGAUACCAAUCCCAGCACAAAACAAGUCGCUCCUGGGGUUGCCAAAACUGCGGCUGUGUACGUCCUAAAACCACAGAACGGACUUGAAUACACUUACACGGGACCCCUGUACCGGGAAUACAAUACACCUGUGAAACUCCCAGCAGACAGGGCCAAGAACGAAACGGAACUGUGCAACUUACACUUGGACGCGGCGCCAGGGGUCGUUUGGGAACUUCUGUUCUCGGAAAGCGAGACCGCUUUCUCACAGGAGACACUACGUGACCAAGAAUCAAAGGAUGUCACGCCGUUUGGACCCUUCACGGACAACAAACGUGCUUACUCGUACGUCAAGAAGCUAGCGUACCCCAUUGGACCCAAAUCGACAAUAUGCCACGUCGAGGAGGAGAUUCUACACUACGACCCAAACGGGUACUGCGAGCUGCUCAGCACUACGAAAACUCCAAACGUUCCCAGCGGCGGAGCAUUCUCCGUGAAGACGAGGUACGUUAUAUACUGGGACGGGCCAACGACUUGUUCGAUCAAAUUUACCUUCUGGGUGGAGUGGACUGGGUCCAGCUGGAUCAAGUCCAUGGUCGAGUCUAGCUGCAAGAGUGGGUUGGAGGAGGCCGCCGUGGAAUUAAAGAAACUGAUCCAGCGGUACGUUUCACAGAACGUCACAGAGGAGACGAUCACACUGGGACCUGCAGCUGCGGAACAAGACACUGUGCUCGCAAAGGUAUCAGACGCAACAGAGGAACAGACGCAGGGUGCUAAAGUCGUCGAAAACGUCACUGUGGUGCAAGAAAAACAGACAGUGGUGCAACGGACUGCGCUAAACUGGAGGAACUGUAUAUCGCUAGCGGUGAUCAUCCUCCUUGUGCUGAAUUUCGUAGUGAUGGCCCGUUUGAGUUUGCAGUUGGGUUCAUUGAACCCAGCAGCCUCCGCCGAUACAUGGCGUUACUUUCCAAAGCUGUUGCCAGAGACACCAGCAAGACAAGGGACGUAA